AUGCAUCUUUCCGCAUUUCGACCAUGGAUGCUCUUGGGAGUAUUGACUGCUGCUACUGCAGAUCAGGAUGAUUGGCAGUCUUUUCUUACGGAGGGGAAAGCUAAAGACUAUGCGCGGGCAUGUCCAGAUUACAAGAAAUACUCAACUUUCGUCCAUCAACCGCUUUCAGAUGGCCCAAUGUCUCUGCCAUUCCAGCGCCCUGCGAUACUCUGCCGGACCUUCAACUCACCGCUCGUCGAGAAGGUAAUCGAGGACAUUACGGGCAAGAUGGUGGAUAAGGACCUAGCACGGCUCUUUGAAAAUGCUUUCCCAAAUACGCUGGAUACGACCGUACGAUGGCAUGUUGAUGGGACAAGCAAACAUACAGAGCUAAAGGCGCGGGGUCCAAAGGACGAAGGGAAAUGGGAGGGACCUCAUUCAUUUGUGGUCACAGGUGACAUCAACGCAGAAUGGCUGCGCGACUCGACGAACCAAUUACUUCAAUACCAGCCUCUAGCCAAGAAGGAUCAACAGAUUUUUAAUCUGAUAUUGGGUGCUAUAAACACUCAGUCCGAAUACGUUAUCGAGUCCCCAUACUGCAAUGCUUUCCAACCCCCACCAGGUUCAAAGCUCCCCCCUAGUCAAAAUGGACAGGAUGACAAUGUUCACCCUGCAUAUGAGCCCUCCGUUGUCUUCGAAUGCAAAUAUGAGCUGGACUCUUUGGCGCAUUUCCUGGCUCUAGGGAACACGUUCUAUAAGCAUACAGGGUCUCUCGCCUUCCUGACUCCAAGGUGGUACAAAGCCCUCGAUACCGUCCUAGCAGUCAUUGACCAACAGUCGCAAUCGACUUUUGAUCCAAAGACCGGGAGAUUUGAGAAAAACUCGUAUACUUUCAACCGAAAAACAGAUGCAGGCACGGAGACCCUGUCUCUCGGUGGAGUCGGAAACCCCCUAAAUUACGGCACGGGCUUAGUUAGAAGCGCGUUUCGUCCUAGCGACGAUGCCACCAUAUUGGGAUUCUAUAUCCCAGCAAACGCUCAAAUGGCAGUAGAGCUCAAACGCGCCUCCGAAGUUCUCAAGAAAGCAAACAAGCUAGCACUUUCCCAAACUCUGGAGAAGCGCGCUACAGCUAUCACAGACGGGAUUUGGGAGCAUGGGGUUAUACAGCAUAAGAAAUAUGGCCGUGUCUUUGCCUAUGAGGUAGAUGGAUAUGGAUCUCAGAUCUUGAUGGAUGAUGCAAAUGUGCCAUCGUUGCUCGCAUUGCCGAUUUUGGGGUUUGUGGAUAAGGACCAUCAGGUAUAUAAGAAUACAAGAAAGAUGUUAUUGGAGAAAUCGGGGAAUCCGUACUAUCUUCAGGGACAUGCUUUUCAUGGUAUUGGAGGUCCGCAUAUUGGGCUCGAAUACGCUUGGCCCAUGAGUUUGCUCCUCCAAGCCAUGACCUCGGAUGACGACAAAGAGAUCAAGGAAUGUAUAGAGCUGGUGCUCCGUGCUAGUAAACUAGGUCUUGUACAUGAAUCCAUAAACGUAAAUAGGAUUUUGGAUUAUACCCGAAGCUGGUUCGCAUGGGCCAACAGCGUCUUCGCACAAACUAUUCUGGAUCUCGCAAAGCGCAAACCACAUUUGCUUUUCGGAGAAGGUGCAGAACCGUAUAUAAUUGAGUGA